GGAGGCUUGGAUGUUCAUUGCUGCCAUCGUUGCUUUCAAGCCGUGCAAAAGUAAUCCGCAUAGGGCCUGCCUCACCAAGGUACAUUGGAGCACAAAGCACCUUUCUCGCCUUGGCGCCUGCGAUAGCGCCGGCAUUGCUGGCCAGCGUCACAUCAGUGCCUGAGGGCCCUGAGUGUCCAGAUGCCUUGCGCCAGCGACGUCUCAAUUUUUGGCGCCAACGUGAGGCCAUGGCCUUGUCCUUGGUGCUGCUGGGUGCAUCAUUGGCAAUGAGCGCCACGGCCAUCGCCACCAAAGAUGCGCAGGUGAAUGCAGUGGUAGCUCUUUUGGUUGCCUUGGUGGUUGCGGGCAGCUUCAGCAUUUGCUUGUCGCCGGUGAUCGCGAAGUUUUCUGCCUUCACCCUGCUGCAAAGCGACUGGGCAGCGACCACAAGCACCCAGUUUGUCACAGCAUUCGUAGCGCGGUCUGUUGGAUGUCAGCUGUUCAAAUUGCAAAAGCAACGGCGUCUGUCGUGCCGCCGUUGUCAUGAAUUGCCUGUUUAUCUAGAUGCCGCAGCUGUGCUGACAAAAAGACCAGGUGAGGAGCUCUAGUGACCUAAAGACACCGGAUCCCUUGGGACGUACGUUUCCCUUUGGUUGUGGUAGGCCCGCGCAUGAUCCAUGAAUAUGGCCGCAAGUAAGCUGCACGGCCCGACCAUUGCCUGAAGACCUGAGGGGCGCAAAAAGUUAGAUAUUGAAGUAGGAUGGAAGUUGAAUCAUCGGUUGGCGGGUAGAACUACGCUUGACAGGCGCAGGGAGAUGGGAGGUGACCGGCCCCUUUUGCUCGGAGGCCAGCACACAGAAAAUGCCGAUAAGGGGGUUGAAUUGAGAAAGAAAACAUCGCCAAGCUGAACACAUCCAUUUUUCCCAAAGGCCAGAAGCCAAAAUAUCCGAAUGAAGCAGGGUGAAAAUUGUCCACCCGUUGCUGUGGGGAGUAGACAAGCGGAAGACUUAGCUCGUGAGGCAAGAGGGUAGAUGAUGCAUCCAAUGUUGCAGGGCUUCACAAGAAGUAGCGCGUGGAGCAUACUAGCGUCGCACAUGACUUUUUUUGGCCUGGUAUUGCCUGCGGCCUUCAGUUUUUCCACCAUACACUUCCGUUCUGCGAGGGGCCCUUACCCACAGACACCUUCGGUAUGGGACUGGGGUCGCAGAAGGCCCAGCAGUUUUUUUGAGGGCCAGCCAGCCAGGUUCCUUGCACCUUUCGAUCAGCGGCCCUGCGUUUUACUUUCUCACUGAUACGCCGGAGGAGUACCCCGAAGGACCACACUUUUCUAUGCUCUUCUACAACGCGACGUUGGGAUGCAUGGGCAGCUUUGCAACCCUCUUUGGCUUGUACACUUACAACCGUUACAGCUCCCAGAUAUCCUAUCGCGCGAUCAUUGUCGUGUCCAAUACCGUGUUUUCUUUGCUUCAUUUGGCGGACAUGGUCUUGUUCUCGCGCAUGAACGUUCAGAUCGGGAUUCCCGAUUGUUUCUUCGCGUUUGGAAACCAGUCUUUGGGCACAAUGAUCUACCAGUGGCUCUGGAUGCCCCAAGUGGGUUUUUUCUCGCAGCUGUGCCCCAAAGACAUGGAGGCCAGCAUGUUCGCCUUGGUGGUGUCCUGUCAUAACUUGGGGGUGGCCAUCAGCAGCGCCUUGGGCGCCUGGCUGUUGGCAUCUUUGAGCUGCAACCCGCGCGGAGCGGCGAUGGAAACUUCGGAGUUUCAACAUCUUUGGAUCGCCUCUGGUGUUUCCAGCUUGCUGCCUCUGUUGGGCAUCUCUGCCUUGUUUAGCCUUGUCCCCGACGUCCGCCCUGGCGAAGAGAUUUCAACACAGCUGCAGCGGGGCGACGGAACUGCUGGCUCGUUGUGGAGGCGCUGGAGGUCAGAGAGUUGCCCGCCGAUGGAGUCGGAUUCUGAAGACGCAUGAUUCCGUAGUGCUGGUGCUGCAGCAAGGCGACAACUGCCUUUGAAAGCCAGUCACUUUUUGAGCGGCAUGGGUUCAACAACGGGCUCUUGACGCUUUCCUGGCCCCCCAAGCAAGCUCUGACCACAUCGCUAUUCGAUCCCGGGCAUGCAAUCCGUGAGAUUUCUUGUCGGUGUUCCGGAAACGGAAAGCCCAGAGGGUGGAUGCAUAGCCAGCAACAGCUUGGCCAGCUCCUUGAAAAUGCGAUCCGCGUUCUCUUUAAAACUCCUGGUCCCGAGAAAAA